AUGGAUUUCCACCAAGUGGAAAAGGAAGAGGUCAGGCAUUACGAAGGCCAGGAGGAAGAGGGCAAGGAAUUUGAAGGGAUCGAGGUCGUGGUGGAGGAGGAGUCAAGGCACCCACAACUCUACAGACAUGGAAUUUAUUGCGAUUUUGGCUUGGCAAUCUUAUUCCACGCUGAAAAGAUAAACCCCCACAAGGAGUAG